UCAUAUUUACAACAUUUAUCUCAUGAUCUGUCGUUCAAUACAUAAAAGACAAAAAGGGUCAUCUACUGACAGUGACAUGGAUAUGGGUCAGACAACGCAAAGACUGGUAACAACAUAGAGAAGUGUGUGGCGAUGCAUCUAUUUGUGUCAAGGUCCAAAGACGGCCCAAAUCGAGUUGACACUCCACUGACGGAAACUUCGUUUCUACUAGGGCAUAAGUUGAAUCAUCUACAGAUUUGCUGAUGCUUGUUUACAAUUACAUCACUCUGGAAUCUGGAUAGCAAGAAAAGGAAAACCUAUGAAAAUUGUCAAACCAAUUAUAUUUAAAUUAUUAUUUCCUUAUUUAACAGAAAUUUGAUUUAAACUUACCCGUGCACCCAAGAAGAUAAUUCUUUUGUUUAAAGACGUUCCAACUUAAAAGGUUUGCAUGUUUGAAUACUCAAUGGUUUUUUAAUCACUGAUCAUUGGGCAGAGAGAGUUCUAAAAGUUUCAUCUGUAAACUGAGAAGUCCCCCACUUGAAUUUUGUUUGUUCAGUUAUUUAUUUUGUUGUUAUUCAUUUAACUAAAUUAUCUAAUUCCAAAUGAAAUACAAAUUUACAUCUUUUUUGAAUCGUUCAAUCUUUUGUCAAUUGUCCUAUAGUAUAUUAUUAUAAACAUACACAGUUCUUAGGCACGUUGUGGUUGACAUUAACAGUCAAUAGUAACACGAAUACGAUUCAUAGAUACUGCAUGCAACACGUUGCAAUUCUCCUCCAUUGUCUCAUCAACAAGUAAUAAAAAUUAUACCAUUGAACCUUACUUAUAUAUAAUUUCCUCAAUUAUUACAAUAUUUAAAUAAAUAAUUAACAGAUUAACUAUUUUCCUCCAUUGUCCCAUCAACAAGUAAUAAAAAAUUAUACCACUGAACCUUACUUAUAUACUUUCCUCAAUUAUUACAAUAUUUCAAUAAUAAUUAACGGAUUAGCUGCAUCAGUACGUUUACACAGCAACAUCAUUUCCAACUCUCUCCAGUUCCACAGGAGCCGCCAUGGAAGCCAUUAAUGUGCUUCAUCUGCUCCUUAUCUCUCUGUUUUCUGCUUUUCUUUUCGCGCAAGCAACAGAUAUAAUCACACCAAACCAGACUUUAAAAGAUGGAGACACUAUUGUUUCAAAAGAUGGGAGCUUCGAGCUCGGGUUUUUCUCUCCAGGAGGAUCAAGAAACCGUUAUCUCGGGAUUUGGUACAAGAAAGUCUCUCUACAGACAGUUGUUUGGGUCGCAAACAGAGAUUCUCCUCUCUACGACCUCUCAGGAGCCCUAAAAGUCAAUGGAAACGGGAGGUUAUCUCUCUUCAGUGGCAUGAACUCUCUCAUCUGGUCAUCAUUUUCUUUGAAGAAGAUCGAUGCAAGAGACCCUAUUGUUCAGAUUCUUGAUACAGGUAACUUAGUUGUAAGAAACUCUGGGGGUGAUCAAGAUUACAUAUGGCAGAGUUUAGAUUACCCAGGAGACACGUUUCUUCCAGGAAUGAAAUAUGGUAUUGAUUUCCUAACCGGUUUAAACCGGUUCUUGACAUCUUGGAAAUCUCCAGACGAUCCAUCAACUGGUAACUACACAAAUAAAAUGGAUCCAAACGGUGUUCCGCAGUUUUUCUUGAAGAGAAACUCGGUUGAUGUCUUCAGGGCUGGUCCAUGGAAUGGUCUAAGAUUCACUGGUAUGCCUAACCUAAAACCUAACCCUAUUUAUCGGUAUGAGUUUGUGUUGACGGAGGAUGAAGCUUACUACACGUACAGGCUUGAGAACCCUUCAGUGAUCACAAGAAUGCAGUUGAUUCCUAGCGGAGCUUUGCAGCGUUACACUUGGGUCGAAAGUCAUUGGAACUUCUAUCUGUCAGCUCAAAUGGAUAGCUGUGAUCGCUACAUGUUGUGUGGCUCUUACGGAAGCUGCAACAUCAAUGAAUCUCCAGCUUGUAGUUGCUUAAAAGGGUUUGUUCCUAAUUCUCCAGAGGCUUAUUCGGAUGGGGAUUGGUCUAAAGGGUGUGUUAGGAGAGUGAAAUUGGGUUGUGGUGAAGGAGAAGAAGAUUUUCUGAAGAUUUCAAAGUUGAAGUUACCUGAUACAAGAGCAUCGUGGUACGAUAAGAGCAUGGAUUUGAAUGAAUGCAAGAGGGCAUGCUUGAGAAACUGUUCUUGCUCAGCUUAUUCUUCUUUUGAUAUUAGAGAUGGAGGAAGAGGAUGUAUUAUAUGGUUUGGAGAUUUGCUUGAUAUAAGAGAGUAUGAUGAAAAUGGACAAGAUCUGUUUGUGAGGCUUGCUACUUCAGAAAUAGAUACUUUGCAGCGCGAUUUAGACCGUGUUUCCAGCAGGAGACAAGAGGAGGAAGAUCCUGAGUUACCAUUUCUUGAUCUUGAAGUGAUUUCAGAAGCUACAUGUGGAUUCUCUGAUGGUAAUAAGCUUGGACAAGGUGGGUUUGGACCUGUCUAUAAGGGAACGUUGUCUACUGGAGAAGAAAUCGCUGUAAAGAGGCUUUCAAGAACGUCAAGACAAGGCAUAGAAGAGUUUAAGAACGAGAUCAAGCUAAUGGCAAAGCUACAACACCGCAACUUUGUCAAGAUUCUUGGAUAUUGCGUGGAAGAAGAUGAAAGAAUGCUCAUCUACGAGUAUCAACGUAACAAAAGCUUGGACUCUUUCAUUUUCGAUAAAGAACGGCGCAUAGAACUUGAUUGGCCUAAACGUGUGGAAAUAAUCAAAGGGAUUGCUCGCGGGCUGAUGUAUCUCCAUCAAGAUUCAAGGCUUAGAAUCAUACACCGCGAUCUCAAAGCAAGCAAUGUUUUGCUUGACUCCGAUAUGAAUCCUAAAAUAUCAGAUUUCGGAUUGGCUAGAACCUUGGGAGGAGAUGAAACUGAAGCAAACACAACUAGAGUGGUUGGAACAUAUGGAUAUAUGUCUCCGGAGUAUCAAAUUGACGGGUAUUUCUCAUUAAAAUCCGAUGUAUUUAGCUUCGGAGUUUUGGUAUUGGAGAUAGUAUCAGGAAGAAGAAACCAUGGUUUCUGCAAUCAUGAACACAAGCUUAACCUUCUUGGACACGCUUGGAGGCAAUACAGAGAAGAUAAGGCAAGUGAGUUAACCGAUGAAGCUUUCAAGGAAUCGUGUACAGAUAUUUCUGAAGUGUUGAGAGCAAUUCAUAUCGGUCUGCUAUGUGUACAACAAGAUCCUAUAGAUAGACCAAACAUGUCAAUGGUGGUUCUGAUGCUAAGUAGUGAAAUGUUGCUUCUUGAUCCCAAGGAGCCUGGGUUUUACAACGAGCGAAAUCUCUUGUUUUCUGACACUACGUCGAUUAAUCUUGACGUUCCUUCCAAUAAUUUACAAACCAUGAGUGUAAUGGAGCCUAGAUAAACCAUGUAGUCGAUCUUUGUAUAUUCUAUAAAUAUAAUCUCUAACCAUUUUUGUUAAAAAAGACUAUAUUGUAAUAAAAGUGAUUGAAGCCACGAUCCAAAGUUGUCCUAUUGAUUUUAGGUGCUCGGUGACCUCGGUCUAUAUAUUGUAACUUCCGAGUAUUUAUGGGGUGGACAGAGAGUUCGGCAAGUAAGAAGUUUUGCAAGAAUCUACGAUCAGAUUCAUAUAGGUUUAGUGAUUAGAUGGCACAAACUGAUAUUUACCAAUUACCAUAUAAGUUCAAGACCUAAAAUUAGGCACAUGAGAAUGUAACAGACAAUUAAGAUGAUUGUUGUAUCUAGUACUAAGAGAUCUCACCUAAUGCUUACACUAUAACGUGGAGAAUGUGAGAGAGACCUAAAAACGUGAAUGGCAAGAAGAGAAAGAAAACGUGGGAGAAAAAGAAAGAGAAAAAAACGUGGACAAGGAGCCCCAUGUUAUGAACUUAUGAUACAUACAUCAAAUCCCUUCCGCCUUAACUUAUGGUCUUUUUCUCAUAGACGUGUCGACUUAAGGUUUUUUAAAACGUAUGGCUUUUCGAUAUGGAGUAUUAUUGGAUUUAUUGACGAGUUAUAUCCGAUAUCUCUAUAUAUGUUCGUUAAAAUAUUUCGAAACAUAAAACUUCUAUUCAAGUUUAGACCGAUCUUUAAUCAAGAAAAUAACUAAUAAAUAUAUGUGUUUAACCAAAUAAAGUAAUAAACUAUGUACUAUAUAUAUCUAUGGGAGUUCGAAUCCAGUUCUUAUCGGAUGACUUUGGAUAAUCAGACUGUUAGAUCCAUCAAUUCCUGCCAACUUAAACCAAAGAAUUGGUCACAUUAUAAACAUUGAGCCAAAUUUAAAAAAAGAAACUGAGUAUUUUAAAAUUUAAUUAUAAUGCUUAGUACUUUUAAAUGGAUGAGUACACGAAUAGCAAAACAAACUCAAUUUGCUUUUAUUUAUUUGGUUACAACAUUGUACUUUUAUAAAAAAAUUGGUGGCGUCAGCAAUGCAUAUCCUCUGAAAACACACAUACAUGCCACAUCUCUUAGGAUACGAGAACUGAUAGGAAGGGAUUUAUUCAACUAGUCUGAAUAUUUAUGUUCAUUCUCCAAAGUUCUGAAUUGUUCCGAAGUUCUUAUCCACACAUGUAAAGAAGAAGAAAAAGAAACAACAGUAAAGAAGCAAACGACCACACACCACAAACUUCGUUCAUUCUGGUGGUUCUCAUCUUGACAUCUCAUCUUCCUUUGAUUCUUCAUACCACCGUUGUUCUUCCUCACGUAGGCUUUCCCCAUAUCAAAGCAUGCCACAUGUGCACAAUUUCCUCUUCACAUAAUUACAUCAUGUGGUUAUUACUUUAUCAAAUAUUUAAUUUAAUUUUUCUAUACUGAGUUCGGCAGAGCCACAUACACAAAUUAUAUGACCAUAUAACAAAAAAAAACAUCAAAGAAUUAUGGUCCAAGUAAAUAAUACUCGGUUAUAUUAUAAGGAUUUAUUUCUACAUUCUGUAUUUUAAUCCCUUAUAUAUUAAAGGAAAAUCACUGUAAUAAAUGCGUUCACACUAAACUGGACACAUAUCAUGUAUAAAAACAUUAUAAUAAAUGCGUGCACACUAAAAUGAACACAUAUCACAUGUAGAGAACUUUUCAGCAAAACUCUACAUAAAUAUGUUCACACUAUUUACUUUACGUUUUUAAUA